UGGAGCCUAGAUUGUGUUUUGUUUUAAUAUUAUUUAGAUAUAUAUAUUGUUCUGUUAAAACACUGUUUGGUGAGCAGUUGGAAACUCAAGAUCCCUGCUUGGCAAUUAUAUUCAAUAUGUUUCAGGUUGUAAAUCACUUUGUUUUAUGUCACCACUGACUCCCAGCUGAGCGGGUUUCGUUUUUAUCAAUUUGUAGGGAAGUUUAUUUCAGAGCUCUUGGAGCCACCAGAACAUACGUGGCUGUGUCUGGGAUCAGUCGUGACACAUUUCUGAGUGGCACAUUUCAUAAGUCGUGUGGUACGUCAUCAAUAUUGCACUGGUCGCAGUUAUUUCAAGAUUGUGCACUGCCAACCUUACGUAUCAAAGGAGAGACGCAGCAACUGGUCAAAUGGUGACAUGUGAGCAGUGUCCACCAGGGACAUUUGUGAAAACCCACUGCACAAGUGUCCAGCGGACAGUAUGCGAAGGCUGCCCGCAACUACAUUACACACAAUACUGGAACUAUCUCAUGAAAUGUCGCUACUGUAAUGUCUUCUGUGCAGAACAUCAGUAUGAAAAACACCAGUGUAAUGCUACACACAACCGUGUGUGUGAAUGUAAAGCUGGUUAUUAUUUGGACUUUCAGUUCUGCCUGAAACACUCCAGUUGCCCUCCGAGUUAUGGCGUGGCCGAGUUGGGAACUGCGUACGCUGACACAAAAUGUGAAAAGUGUAGCAAGACUUCCUUUUCUUCCACGAGCUCCAGUACAGAGACUUGCAUUGCUCACAGGAACUGCACUGCGCAAGAUUUGGAGGUCAAUGUCCCAGGUGAUCGACAUCAUGACACUCUGUGUACACCAUGCAAGAAGCACGAGGAUAAUAACAUUUUUGCAAAUACUUCAGCUGUUUCCAUCUGUGACGAAGCAAUGAUAGAGUUUGUGGCAUACCAGAAAAUCCCACAAAGGAAACUCAAGCGAUUCAUAUUCUUACUUCGAAUCCAAAACACAAGGCAAUUCAGAAAAGAACUCCAAGGCCACGGCAAGCCGGAAAUUUAUGAAAUCCUUCAUUCUCUUUUGUUAAAGUGGAAGGAAGGGAUCAAAGAAAAUGUAUUGGAAAACAUGACAGAUAUACUUAAAAAAGCAAAGUUAAAGUCAAUUGAAAUGAAAGUAAGGGAACGUUUUAUGUAAAGAAGUAAUUAACCUCUCAAAUUAAUCGCAGGGGUAAGGUCAAGAAAACAUGUCUCAUUUAUAGAAUCAUAGAAAUUUACAGAGCAGAAAGAGGCCAAUCAAGUCUUCAUUGGCUCUCAGAGCCAAAACUUUAUUGCAUUUCACUGCCUGCCUUGGCAGGGCAUUCCACAUCACGAGUUAAACAUUUCUCGUAUGCUAUUUCCACUGAAUCCCUACCCAUAGCUGUCAGAACUGACCUAUUUCAGUAAAUAACAAUGUGCACUGCCAUUAUGCUUUAUCUUCCUUUAAUGUCCAGCUCCUCUUUAUUGACAUUCUCUGAUCUUUGCUACGGUCUGUCCAACUCUCUGUUACUCAAUGUCAGGGUUCCUUCUUGGUUCUCAGCUGACCAUUUGUUACAAAUAUGCAGUAUUUCUAAAAACAUGUGUUUUUCCUCUGGUACCCUGGAUCUAAUUUUCCUUUCAAAACUAGAAGCUUAAAAUUCUCACUCAUUGCAGAGAAAUUAGUAAGCAAGACAUCAAAAUACUUUUAUUGAAAAUACAGAACAGUAUUUACAAUAAAAGAAUCGGGACCAGCUUCUCAGUGUUACUGUGUUGAAUAUUGAAUUCUUAUUGAAUAUGAUGUGUAUUUUUUCACUAUUGAAACAAACAAUGUUGAAUGUUACAAUGUACGAUUAGAGAUGUAUUUUAUAUUUUUUUUACAAAAUAAAAUUGUCUGGCAG